CGUCGUCACAAGUAGCUUUCGCUCAAAAUAUUCUUUCCUUCCUUCUCUUCCAAACCAAAGUACCAAACUAAUCUCCGAAGGUACUGAUUACUCAAUAUCUCCGCACUAAUCUUCUACAACUUCCAUUUCAGAAUGGCCAUGCAAACUGUAGCUCCACCUUCUGCUCAAGUCGUUGGAAAUGCUUUUGUUGAGCAGUAUUAUCAAAUUCAGCAUCACUCCCCGGAGUCAGUGUACCGAUUCUACCAGGAUUCGAGUGUCUUAAGUCGCCCAGAUGCUGAUGGCGUGAUAACAUCGGUGACAACAAUGAAAAAUAUCAACACUUUGAUAUGUUCAUUGGACUACAAGAACUACAAGGCCGAAAUAAAGACUGCAGAUGCACAGGAUUCCUUUAAGGAUGGGGUGAUUGUUUUGGUGACUGGAUGCUUAACCGGAAGCGAUAAGUUAAAAAGGAAAUUCGCCCAGACAUUUUUCCUUGCGCCACAGGACAAGGGUUAUUUUGUUUUGAAUGAUGUUUUUAGGUAUGUAGAAGAAAAUGAGAUUGAUACCGUCUCAGAAGUGAUUAAUGGAACUGAGGAUGUGCAGUCAGAGGUUCUGACCCCUGACCCAGAACCUACUCAUGUGGUUGAUCCUCCAAAUCUCGACCAAGCUGGCACACAUGCAGAAGAAGUUCAACAUGUUGAGGAAAAAGCCAAUGACUCUUUGGAAGAUAGGAGACAAGUUGCUGAUGAAAGAGAGAUUGUUGUGGAAACUGAAUCCCAUUUCAACGAGGACCAGAACCCUACAAAUACAGAAUCAGCUAAUUCUGUUGCCCAAGAGGAUGCUCCAAAGAAGUCAUAUGCAUCAAUUGUCAGUUCACAAACAAAGAAAGGGCCAACCAAAAUCUAUGUACCCACCAAUACUUCCAGAAUGGCUCCUUCGAAGGCUGAAAAGCAGCCGGUUGCUGCAGUAGCACAAACUGCAGCUCCUGAAGCAUCAAAUCCUACUACCCCUAGUGGAAUCGACGUACCUGAAGCUAAUGAUGCUGAAGAUGAAGCUGAGGGAUACUCUAUUUAUGUCCGCAAUUUGCCUCUAGAUGUUACUGUAGCCCAACUUGAAGCUGAAUUUAAGACAUAUGGGCCUAUUAAGCAAGGAGGUGUACAAGUUAGAAGUAAUAGGCAACAAGGAUUCUGCUUUGGCUUUGUUGAAUUUGAAGAUGUUACCUCCAUGAACAGUGCCAUACAGGCUUCACCCAUCAUCAUGGGGGCUCGUCAAACUGUUGUCGAGAUGAAGAGAACUACAACUAGAGUUGGUAGUGUUAGAGGCCGUUUCUCUCCUAGAAGAGGAAUAUUCCGAAAUGACAAUUUCAGGGUCCGCGGAAACUUUGGUGGAGGUCGGAGCUACGGGAGAAGUGAAUUCGGAGGACGUGAUUUUUCAGGGCGUGGUAGGGUUCAAGGUGGACGUGGUGGUGAAGGCUAUCAAGUAAGAGGGAGAGGGGGAUGGAGAGGUGGCCCUAGUCAGAGUUCUGCUACAGCAUAGUUUAUGUGGCUGGAUAAAUUUUUUGGUGGUAAAUUUUGAUCUAGUUUAUUUGUUUGCCAGUGUGCAAGCAGCGGAACAGUUUAGCUGUGUAGUGAACUAGUGAUAUCAACUUAAUCAAAGUUGACAUUGACAUUACUUAGUGUUCUCGCCCCCCUGUUUACCUAAGCGUUGCCCCCCUGUUUACCCAAGUGUUGGGGAUCAUUUUUUUGUGUAGGUGGCCCGUCACUUGUUUUAAACAGUUAACUCGCAGCGCUUAAUGUUAGUAUUUCCGAAUUAUGUACAGGAAAAAUGGUUUGAUGGAAUGUCUAAA